GGUUACCAGAACAACACAGAAGAAGCAGCUGAAAGCAAAGCAAUCAUGAGGACUAAAGGAGGACAACACACUGAGCCCAGCCUGUAUACCGUGAAGCCGCCUAUGCCCUGUGGAUACGUGAAAGAGAGUUGGCUGUGGGAAAUGAAUGGGCAGACGUCAUUGGCAAAGCUGUCCGAGUGCCAUCGAGAAGUUUACUUCCACACUGACCCCAUCCUGGAGAGCAGUGGCACCGCAGGAGUGCGGGGGGACACAGGCUUCCUACAAGGUGAACAUUACUGGGAGGUGGAGUUCCUGGAGCCGCCCUCUGGACUCUCCGUCAUGGUUGGUGUUGGGACUGGCAGAGCAGCACUGCAUGCCGGGAGCUUCCAAUAUGUCAACCUUUUAGGCGUGGACUCAGAGAGCUGGGGCUUGUCCUAUAAGGGCACCGUGUGGCACAAUGGCAUCAGCAAGCAGUACACAGAACCAUUCUAUGAAGAAGGCACCAUUAUUGGUGUACACCUGAACAUGGAGGAAGGGACGCUGACUUUUUACAGGGACAGACAGAGUCUGGGAGUGGCCUUCACAGGGCUACACAAGGUCCAGCACCCCAUAUAUCCGAUGGUCUCUUCUACCAGCCCAGGAACCGAGUUGGCACUGGGAUUGCGUUGCUGCAGCUUGCCCACUCUGGAGGAGCGAUGUCUCAGCACUCUUGCUCGUAAUUUGACACAAACAGACUUGGUUGAUCGGCUCCCUCUUCCUGCCAUUGUCAGGUGGAAGCUGAAAAGCUGGAAAAGCUAGGAUGUCCCGAGGCCUGAACUGUACCCAGGAAGCUGCUGCUGUGGACUCUGUGCCGGGAGCCAUGACGGCCGUAUUGUAAGCCAGGAGAUCUUUAUUUAACUUGUGCUCUUGUGUCAAUAAGGAAUGGCAAAAGAACAUUUCAAGAAAACAAUGGAGAGAAAGUAAAGACAUUAGUGGGCCUGUAC